AUGUUGGACUUUGCAAUUUUUGCUGUAACGUUUUUCAUGAUGCUUGUCGGAGCUGUCAUUUACCUAAUGCCGAGCUCCAGAAAAGCAACAUCAGUUCCUGGUUUGGACCCAACUACCAAAGAGGAUGGUAACUUGAGUGAUAUUGGUAGAGCUGGAAGCCUACAUGAGUUCUUACUAGAUUUACAUGGUAGAUUUGGUGACAUAGCUUCUUUCUGGAUGGGCAGACAGUUAGUGAUUAGUAUAGCUUCUCCUGAGUUGUUUAAACAGCACCAGAAUAACCUGAAACAUGUUGUUACUCAGAGUUCCACUCUGUGCUAUACUGUUUUUAUGUUUAUUGGUAAUAUUAAUACAAUUUGUAUUCAGGUUGCAGACAAUUUGGUGAAAACAUUAGAAAAUAAAGUAAAGGAGGAACAUUUAUCUUUAAACCAGUAUAUGAUAGCCUAUGCUUUCAAAACAGUUAUGAAUUCAUUAUAUGGUGAUGCGAUGGAUGAUGAAAAAGAUAUUAUUGCUAUGCGAGGUCAUUAUGAUAUUAUGUGGUCGGAAAUGGAGAAGAGGAUAGCUGAUCCCACUGUACCCGAAGAUGGUAGUCCUAGGGCCAUAUCUCUUAAUCUUGCAUUGAAAGAAAUGAGAAAGAUUGUACAGAACAUUAUAGAUUUUCGUAAGAAAAAUGGUAAAAAAUCUGAAGACUAUUUAUUAAUUGAUCGUAUUGUUGAACAUAUGAAAACUGAAGAUGGAAUUUUUUCGGAAAUUCUGACUUUUCUAAUUGGUGGAUUCCAUACUGCUGGCAAUUUGUUGACAUGGGCAGUCUAUUUCCUUGCUACACAUGAAGAGGUUGAAAAGAAAUUACUAAAAGAAAUUAAGAAUGUUCUUGGUGAUGAUGAUAUUAGUGCUGACAAUUAUGAUCAGUUGAAGUACACUAAACAAAUAAUUGAUGAAACAAUGAGGUGUGCUGUUGUAGCGCCAUGGGCUGCACGAUACCAAGAUUUUGAUUCAGAACUUGGUGGCCAUAAAAUACCAAAGAAGACUCCAGUGAUUCAUGCAUUAGGUGUUAGCUUACAAGAUGAAAGACAGUGGCCUCAACCGAAAAUUUUUGAUCCAGAACGAUUCAAUGAAGAAAACAUCAAGAAGAGACCACAUUUGGCUUUUUCACCUUUUGGAUUUGCUGGAAGGCGAGUAUGUCCUGGUCGGAAAUUUGCCUACUUAGAAAGCGCAAUCUGUUUGGUAUCACUGUUCCGCAGAUUUAAGUUCCAUUUAGUAGAAGGUCAAGUUGUUCAACCCGUUUUUGGACUGGUCACUCAUUCUGAAGAUGACAUUUGGGUGACAGUCUCUAAGAGAAAAUAG